AUGGUGCAACCUGAGCCAGAGAAACCUCCACAGGAAGCGCAGGAGGAUGAAGAUCUGGAUGAUGGCGAUUACAUCACCGGAUUCAAGCUGUGGGCCAUCUUGAUAUCAGGAACUCUUGUACAGUUCGUGAUGAUGCUGGAUCAGUCAAUCAUUGCGACGGCUGUUCCGUAUAUCACGGAUGAGUUUCACUCUCUUCUUGAUGUGGGUUGGUAUGGAAGUGCAUAUCAACUAGCGAGCGCUGCUUUUCAACCUUUGACUGGCAAGCUUUACACAUACCUGCGAAUCAAGUGGACUUUCUUUGCCUUCUUUUUCGUUUUUGAGCUUGGAUCGUUGCUUUGUGCCAUUGCGCAAUCCUCCAAGAUGUUGAUUGUAGCACGCGCCAUUGCCGGUCUGGGUGGUUCAGGUCUGCUGAACGGUGGUCUUACGAUGAUCUCCGCCUGCCUGCCCAAGCACAAACGUCCAGCAGCAAUGGGGAUGAUUAUCUCUAUUGGGCAAUUGGGCCAAGCACUGGGGCCCCUGAUUGGAGGAGCUUUUACUGAAAAAGUAACAUGGCGAUGGUGCUUUUACAUCAAUCUCCCAGUCGGUGGGGUCGUCCUCGCCCUCCUCGCUACACUCGACAUCCCUGACCGCAUCGCCAAACCAGACUUUCGAACCCUCCUCCGCACCAUUAUCACAACGCUCGACAUUCUCGGUUUCCUUAUAUUCGCCCCUGCCGCCAUCAUGUUCUUCCUCGCUCUCCAGUACGGCGGCAAUCAAUACGCAUGGAACAGCGCUACGGUGAUAGGCCUACUUGUUGGUGCUGGAUUUACGUUUCUCGUAUUCCUGGGCUGGGAGUACUACCGCGGCGACAAUGCUAUGAUUCCGCUCUCGAUGUUGAGGAAGCGAAUCAUUUGGUCGAGCUGUUUGACCAUGUUUUUCAUCACGGGUGUAUUAACCUGCGGAGCGUAUUAUCUGCCUAUUUAUUUCCAGGCGGUUCAGGGAGCGUCGCCGAUUAUGAGUGGUGUUUAUUACUUACCCAAUAUUUUGCUCCAGAUCACCAUGGCUAUGUUAUCUGGAGUCAUGGUCCAGAGGUUUGGCUUUUACCUACCAUGGGUGGUUGGAGGAACAGCAUUAGCGAGUAUUGGGUAUGGACUGCUUACGAUGCUCACACCUACAUACAAGACCGCAAACCGGGUUGGAUUUCAGAUUCUGGCUGGUGCAGGCUUGGGCAGUGCUGCUGCGAUGCCUUUCGUUGCCGUUCAGAAUUUAAUGCCUCAUGCCCAAAUUUCUGUCGCCAUGGCGAUUUUGGUCUUUUCCUUGAACUUCGGUGGAGCCACUUUCCUUACAUUUGCCGAAACAGAUUUCAGCCAAAGUCUAACCGUUGCAAUCUCAAAAUACGCACCUGGAGCAAAUUCAAGUGCCAUUAUUGCUGCUGGCGCAACAGGGUUUCGAAGUGUCGUUCCGGCGAGUCAAUUGGUUGGCGUUUUGAAGGCUUAUAGCGAGAGUGUUGACCAUGUGUUUUAUUUGGUUUGUGCAUCUGCGGCGGCGGCAUUUUGUUGUGCUUGGGGUAUGGGGUGGCAGGAUAUUAGGAAGCCCAGACCCCAGGCGCAGGACCCGACAGGACCUUAA